AGCACCCAGCUGUCUGUCUAUGAAGAGUGACCAUUCCAAAGAUUUUCCUCCAGUCUUCAGUCAUGAACCUGGACCCUCAGACACAAUAGAGAAGGGAAGUCAUGCUUGUGUGGAGGAGCAGCUGUGCUGCUGUAUUUUGUGUCAGGAUGUCCUGAAGGAUCCAGUCUCUACCAGCUGUGGACACUGGUUCUGCAGACAGUGCUUCACCUCAUACUGGGACCAGGCUGCUUCAUCGGGAGACUCCCCCUGUCCCCAUUGUGGAGAAAAAUCCAGUAUCAGAGCUCGACUCCAGACUACCAGUCAGAGUAGCUGUGAACAAACAAUUGCAGGUUUGCAGGAGGUUUUAGAUGAACAUAAGAUCAGUUUGAAGAGGAGAUAUGAACAUGUGAGUGAAGGAACUGAUGAAAAACGAAAUGGAAUUCUUCUCAACAACAUCUACACUGAGCUCUACAUCACAAAGGGACAGUGUGAAGAGAUUCAUAACCAACAUGAGGAGAGGCAGCUGGAGAUAGCUUCCAAAAAGAAGACUCUUGAUGACACUCCAAUCAGAUGCCAAGACAUUUUUGAAGCCGUAUGUGACCAACAGAGACCAAUUAGAGUGGUUCUGACAAAUGGCGUAGCUGGCAUUGGAAAAACCUUCUUAGUGCAGAAGUUCACUCUGGACUGGUCAGAGGGUUUGGAGAACCAAGACAUCAGUGUGGUGAUUCUGCUUUCAUUCAGGGAGCUGAACCUGAUCAGAGAUGAGCAGUACAGUCUUCUAGAGCUGCUCCAUGUUUUCCAUCCAGCAUUACAGAAGGUCACAGCAGAGAAGCUCGCUGUCUGUAAACUUUUGUUCAUAUUUGACGGCCUGGAUGAAAGCAGACUUUCAUUGGAUUUCAUCAACAGAAAGCUUGUGUCUAAUGUCACACAGCAGUCAUCAGUCAGUUUCCUGCUGACAAAUCUCAUCGAGGGGAAUCUGCUUCCCUCUGCUCUCAUAUGGAUAACUUCUCGACCUGCAGCAGCCAAUCAGAUCCCUCCUGAUUAUAUUGACAGGAUGACAGAAGUACGAGGCUUCACUGACGCCCAGAAGGAGGAGUACUUCAGAAGGAGAUUCAAUGAUGAAGAGCUGUCCAGCAGAAUCAUCUCCCACAUGAAGACAUCCAGGAGCCUCCACAUUAUGUGUACAAUCCCAGUCUUCUGCUGGAUCACUGCUGCAGUUCUGGAGCACAUGUUGACUACAGAGCAGAGGGGAGAGCUGCCCAAGACCCUGACUGACAUGUACUCACAUUUCCUGCUGGUCCAGACAAAGAGGAAGAAGAACAAGUACCUCGAGGGACGUGAGACAAGUCCACAGGAGCUGAUGGAGGCUGACAGGGAAGUUCUCCUGAAGCUCGGGAGGCUGGCCUUUGAACAAAUGGAGAAAGGAAACAUCCUGUACUACCAAGAAGACCUGGAGCAGUGUGGUCUGAGUGUCACAGAGGCCUCAGUGUACUCAGGAGUUUGUACAGAGAUCUUCAAAAGAGAGUGUGUGAUCUUCCAGAAACCAGUCUUUUGCUUUGUUCAUCUCAGCAUCCAGGAGUUUCUGGCUGCUGUCUACAUGUUCCACUGUUACAACAACAAAAAGACAGAGGUGCUGCAGGACUUCCAGGAAAAAGACAUCUCAUCUUUGGAUGUCUUUUUGAAUAGAAUCAUGGAGAAAUCUCUUAAAAGUGAAACUGGCCACCUGGACCUGUUUGUUCGCUUCCUUCAUGGCCUGUGUUUGGAGUCCAACCAACAACUUUUAAAAGGCCUAAUGGGUCAGACAGACAAUAUUCCAGAACACAUUGAGCUAAUCAUCAUUAACUUGAAGAAGAUGAACAUACUUAAUGUUUCUCCUGACAGAAGCAUCAACAUCUUCCACUGUCUGAUAGAGAUGAACGACGUCUUAGUAUAUCAAGAAAUCCAAAAGUUCCUGAAGUCUGAGAACAGAUCAGAGAACCUCUCUGAGAUUCACUGCUCAGCUCUGGCCUACAUUCUGCAGAUGUCAGAUGAGGUUCUGGAUGAGUUGGACCUGGAGAAGUACAACACAACAAAGGAGGGACAUUUAAGACUGAUUCCAGCUGUGAGAAACAGCAGAAAGGCUCUACUUUGUAAAGCUUGGCUCUCAGAGACUCACUUUGAAAUUUUGGGCUCAGCUCUGAUGUCCAACCCCUCCCAUCUGACAGAGCUGGACCUGAGCUUCACACCCCUGCAUAUUUUGAGUGGAAACAACUCUUUGCAGCAUUCAGCAAUGAAACCAUUGCUUGCUGGUCUGGAGAGUCCACACUGUAGACUGGAGACUUUGAGACUGAAGUGCUGCAGGUUGACAGAGACUGCAUGUGCUGCUCUGGUCUCUGCUCUAAAGUCCAACCCAUCCCAUCUGAGAAAUCUGGACCUGAGCAAAAAUGAUGUGCAGGAUUUAGGAGUGAAACACAUUUGUGUUUUUUUGGAGAGUCCACACUGUAAAGUGGAGACGCUGAGCUUGAGUAACUGCAGUUUGUCGGAAAUCAGCUGUGCUGCUUUGGUCUCUGCUCUGAAGUCCAACCCGUCCCAUCUGAAACAUCUGGACUUAAGGGAAAACAACCUGCAGGAUUCAGCCAUGAAAGAGCUGUCUGAUCUUGUGAAGUGUCCACACUCCAGACUGGAGGAUCUGAAAUGGAAGUGAUGGUAAGAUGGGGUG